UUUUUCGCCUGACUUGUUUUAAUCAUGUCCACUAGUUGUAUAGACAGUGGAAAAAAUAAUAAUGAUAUCUAGACCAUUCCUGAAAUUCUGGUGAAUUUUCUCCAUUCGUCAGUUCAAUAGUUCAUAGAGAAGCAUGCAAAGGCAUGUUAGAUGUAAUAUAUUAUUAGCUCUAAAAAUUAAAAUAAAGAAACAGCGAAGGGAAAGGAAAUCAUUUUAGCGACAAAAUUAUGGACGCCCAACAAAGAAGUAUGAAUCAUUGGCUACACCAUGCGCAUCUUAACUAAAUAAAAGCAAAAGAACCAUAAUCAAUUGAUUCCACCAGCACACUAGUAUUAUUAUUAUUAUCAUACAUCCUACAAGUUUCAAUAAAUUAUAUACCUCGUUCCUAUUUUUAGCCCAGUUAUCUCAAAACACCAUACAAUGGAGCUUCCAAAGAUAGUUCAUGGUUACAUGCUUCUCAUUGCAGUUAUUUUCUUGCUUCUUAAUCUGUUUGUAUUUUCUUCCUCGUUGCCUCAAGGUAAGCUGCUAGUGUCUCUAAGUAGAUUUUUUCUGUUUUAUCGCAAUUAUUUGAUCUUCUUCUUUAACAUUUUAGGAAAACCACUUCCCCAUAUGACUUCAGAUGUCGAAGAAGUCUCAGGCAAGUCCUUUGAUUACAUUGUAGUUGGAGGAGGAACAGCUGGGUGUCCCCUAGCUGCAACUCUCUCUGAGAGAUUCUCAGUGCUCUUAGUAGAAAGAGGUGGCUCAUCAUUUGAAAAUCCCUUCAUAUUGGAGAAAAAGUACUAUGGCUUCUCAUUACUCCAAACUGAUGAACAUACAUCACUUGCACAAAGUUUCAUCUCCAAGGAUGGAAUUUCGAAUCUCAGAGGAAGAGUUCUGGGAGGAUCAUCUGCUAUGAAUGGUGGGUUUUACAGUAGAGCUAGUCAGGAUUUUGUCAAAAAGGUUGGAUGGAAUAAUGAACUAGUAAAAAAUGCCUACGAAUGGGUUGAAUCAAGAAUUGUCUUCAAACCUGAGUUGACACCAUGGCAGACAGUGGCAGAAUUUAGCUUUCUUGAAGCAGGAAUUUUACCAUAUAAUGGUUUUAGUCUGGAGCAUAUUAAGGGAACAAAGUUGGGUGGGAGUAUUUUUGAUGAAUGUGGAAAGAGACACACCUCAGCAGAUCUUUUAUUGGCAGGGAAUUUAAACAAUAUCACAGUUCUUUUGAAUGCAACAGUAAAGAGUGUGAUCAUCCAUAACACUGGUAACAGAACUGAAAAAAUAGCUCAAGGUAUAAGGUUCAUCAAAAGCGAUGGCAGCUCACUAGAAAUUUAUGAAGCUUACCUCAACCAACAAGAAAAUUCGAGUUUGAGGGGCGAUGUUAUAUUGGCAGCAGGAGCACUAGGCAGCCCCCAAAUCCUGUUGUUAAGUGGAAUUGGUUCUUAUAGACACCUGAAAAACUUUAACAUUCCUCUGGUACUCAAUUUGAAGAAAGUUGGCCAUGGAAUGAAGGACGAGCCUGGUAUUGCCCUCUUGGUGGACUCCAAGCCAAAAAAUCGACAACCAGAUACGCCACAAGUUGUGGGUAUAACAGAUGACUUCAAAAUCAUAAUUGAAGCAGGGAUUUUGCCCAUAAGCUUCAAUGCAACAAGAAUGCCAAUUGCUGCAAAACUUGCACUUCCAGCAUCAAAGGGGAGGCUUAAAUUAAACAACACAGACCCCAGGCAAAACCCAUGGGUGAAAUUCAACUAUCUAGCAAAGGAAGAAGAUUGUGAAGAAUGUGUGAAACUGGUCGAAUUGCUCGAGAGAGUUGCAAGGUCAGAAUCAAUUGCCCUGUUUCUUGGGGCAGAAAGAAAGAAUCAUGUGUUGUCCGGUGAAGAAGAGAUGAGGAAAUUUUGCAAAGAAAACGUGAGAACUUUCUACCACUUUCAUGGUGGUUGUAUUGUGGGAUCAGUGGUGGAUGACGACUAUAAAGUAUAUGGUGUUCGAGGACUUAGAGUGGUGGACGGUUCAACUUUUGAAGAAUCACCUGGCACAAAUCCAAUGGCAACUCUCUUAAUGCUUGGAAGAUAUCAAGGGGUUAAGAUUCUUAAGGAAAGAGAAAAAUGAUUAUGCUUUCAGGUACCCAACAAAACCCAUGAUAAAUUCGUGAGCUUAGAACAAUAUGUUAUAGUCUUGGAACCAAAUUGAAGCAUAAAACUAGGCUCUGCAACAUCUCGAUGGGUUUCAACUAUGUAAAUCCUGUUCCACAAUUUCUUCACUGUCAUGGUUUAUUUUCAAUUAGAUCAUCUUAACAAUUAUUGACAGGCAACUCA